AUGAAUUAUCAUUUAUUGUAUCAUAUUUUGAGGUCCAAAUUAAAAUUAAAUUGUGAAUCUCCAUUCGAGAAACUUGAUCAAUUAUUUGGAGAUGAAGAUGAAAGUUAUGAAUAGUAAUCAAUUACUAAAAAAAAGAAGUAUAAAUAAAAAGAAAAGAAUAAGUCAUAUAAAAAACCAUUUAAUGCCUAGAUACAAGAAUCAGAAACAGACGAUGAAAAAAUCGAAAGCUUAAAUUGUAAAAUCUUCAGAUUAAUAAUAAAGAGAAUAAAUUGAGUAAAAAUUGUUUUUUCUGUCUUUGGUUGUGAACCACAAAAUGAUGAAUAGUUCGAUUUAGAAGUUCUUAGAAAUUAUUUAGGAUCAUUUGAAAGAAGAAUCAAUCAAAAAAGUAUUUACUCAAUUUGCUUAAAAAGAGAAAAAUCAAUGAAAAGAUAACAUUUUUUUGGUUAUUUCAUUUUAUUGUAGUAAGAGUGUUCAAACCAUCUUUUAUUUUGA